AUGUCGGUCUCCUCCUUGAGCGAUGACUGGAUCAGGUGUCGGGCGCCGAAUGAAUUGCAGAGUGACAUACUAACAUGGACCACAUCGAUUUCACGAUCUCGAGUGUCUACCGUGGAUGGCCUCGGCUUUAGCGACAAUAUUGACGUCGAGUCCAUGAACAGCCUAGAGAAUCUCCUCCACACAGUGCAGAAACUGAAGUUGAAACGUUUCCCAGCUGAAGACGUGGAAGAGAUCUGCUUUGUAGCCGCAGGAGAGACGUUCACUGUGACAGAAUGCAAGUACGAGGGUACCGUCGUCGCUAUCAAGCGCAUCCGACUCAGCGAAGAAGGGAAAGGCUUUGAGCGUUCUUACUUUCAAAGGCGACUACAAUCUGUCCUGCGCGAGAUAUUGAUCAUGUGUCACCCACCGCUCACACACCAUCCCAAUAUUAUUGAUAUUCUGGGCUAUGGCUGGACCGUCGAAAAGCAGCGCCUGUCGCCGUUUAUCUCGGUCGAAUUUGCCUCGAAGGGAACCCUGAGGGAAUACCUGAAGGAGAACGUACAUCCGAUUCGAACAAAGUUGAUUCUCAUGGGCGAUGUAGGCGCGGGCCUCAUGGCGCUUCACAAAUGUGGGAUCGUUCAUGGAGAUUUGAAAAUGGAUAACAUCGUGGUAUUUUCGUCCCUGGAUCGCCCUUGCAUGUCGAUCGCCAAGGUGUCUGAUUUUGGGCAUUCCAUCAUCGUGGGAUCUGCGUCUGAGAAGAAAAAGCAGUAUUUCGGAACAACUCUAUACAAUGCACCAGAAGUUGCCGACCAGAAGGACAAACCCAUCCUAAUCGAGCAACUUCACAAAUGCGACAUCUGGGCAUUUGGCCUCUGUGCGUGGGAGAUUUUAGCAAAUGGACAGCUUUAUUUCCAGCGUAGCUGGCGCAGGAACCCUCUCUACGAACGUUACUCCUCCCUGUCCACGUCAUUAACAUCACCGACCGGCUCUCACGAGGAAUCUAUUGAUGAAGAUGACCAGCACGUUUUUGGUCACUUUGAUCUCUCCCAUCUCAAGACUCUGGCCAUAGAGUUUGUGAACAACAUGAAAAUACCGGGGAUUGGCUUUGAAAAGGGAUUCCUACGUCCAUUGAUGGAUCGUACUCUGCAAACUGAUCCGGCAAAAAGGAUCUCCGACCUCAGUCGGCUUCCAAUCAUUGUCUCAUGGCAUAAGACGCCCGGUGGACACUCUCUUCAGUCAAAGCUCGCAACAUAUGCCAUGUCUGGAGAUGUUAGAUACUCGAUCUUCAGUAGAGAGAGCGGUCCGCAUAUCAUUUGGGAGCAACAGCAGCAACUCUUGCAGGACUUUGAGACUGUGGCCCAGGGUUCGAAAUCGGAUAAAAAUGACGGUUCAAUCGCGUUUCAAACAAUGCUUUGCUAUACGAACGCUUUUGGAACAUCUCAGGAUCUGGCCAAGGCCGAGGGAUUUCUUCGAAUGGCCGAGGAUACUGGUCAUUUGGUCGCUCGCAUUUUGGGUCCUCGCAUACUCAAUGGCUUCAACAUGGACUCAAGUACCCAGAAAACAUAUAGUGAAUGCCUUGCCUUGGGGUUCAGUAUUACCCGAAGUCCUGAAUUGAUCACAUCUUUGGUUGCACAUGACGGGGCAUCGGUCUCUAAAUUCGCCAACUAUGCUGACUUUCGCGAAGCCUUCUUUAAGCAAAGACCCCGACCAUGGACCAAUGACAGCGACGGGGUUCUUGGUGUUUUUCUCACAGUGAAUGAAUCCACCGUACAGCAUAGCUUGCUGGAUAUCGCACUCCAGCAGGGUGAUGCCCAAUUCGUGGAGAAACUGUUACCCCUUAUCAGGCUGUCAGGUACAGACCCAAAACUAGAUUCCCAUCUUGUGCUAGCUGCUUUGCGAGGCCAUGGAAGCCUGUUCAUCUCCCUUUUAAAAGCUGGUGCGGGAUUGAUAGAGAUAACUCCACCUCCAUCGAUCCUUCAUUGGCUCUUCUGUCUGGAUGAGACCACUCUCAGUGAAGUGCAGCCGUUGUUGAAAGACUACUACCGUGAUCUCAACUUUAAACAGGCAUUGAAUCAUGUGCUUACUGAAGGUGAUAUCCUUCAUCCUCAAUGGCCAUUCCAGGUUCAUGGAACAUCCCUUGCUAUGGCCGUUGUAUGUGGCAGGGAGUCACUGGUCAUGUUUCUUCUCUCUCAGGGUGCAGAUCCUCUAGCCCCUGCCUUUGCAAUCACCGAUGACUAUAUGGGCCCCAUUCUCACGCCGAUUCAUCUUGCAAUCAAGUAUCACCAAGCAGAUAUUUUUCUAUUGCUUUGGAAAGCAGCAUUCAGUGAAAGAAAACCCACGAAAGGCACUCGUGUGCAUAAGAUCGAUAGCUUGGGAUCUUUUCCAAUUGCCUGCUCCCUGAGCCUAUUGACAAAUGCUGAGCGAUAUGCUAUUCACGGUUGCAUGUAUAAGCAGAGGCUGCGGGAGAUGGUCAAACUCCUACCUCUGGAAGUUCUUGGCCAGACAUCCCCCGAAGGCAGGAAUUCAAUCACGCAGGCCAUUGAUCUUGAAGAUCUUGAUACAGUUGAUCUUCUUCUUAAGCACGCCCCCACUCUGGCUAGCAAAAAGCUAUUUCAACCAGGCAACAACACCAUGUUCACAUAUCCGUUUCAUUUCGCCGUACAAAUUGCCUCAUUCCGCGAUACAAGGGAGUCUGAGCAGAUUGCGGAGUCGAUUCUCAAUCUCGACUCGGCGGCUAUAAACCGAGCUGACAGCGCGUUAAUCAAACCACUGCAUAUCGCUUCGAUGGGAACUUCAGAUCGAAUGACCAAAUUUCUCUUGGCUCGUAAUGCCUCCUGUCAUGAUUUGGACGGAGGUCGACGCACCCCUCUGCACUUUUGCCGGACUCUGGUCAACGCUAAGGCCUUGAUGCUGGGGGGCGUGAACAUCAAUCACAAGGAUAACUUGGGUUUGAGUCCUGCGCAUGCAGCAGCAUCCCAAGGAGCAGAUGAAGUCUUGAAGUUGUUUAUUGCGGCCGGAGCAGACCUGACUCUUGCGAACAACGAGAUCGGAACGCCGCUCCAUUGUGCGAUUCAGCGGAAGUCGCGCUCAACAAUAGAAAUUCUCUUGGCGGCUGGGGUUGAUAUAAAGGCAAGGAACCGCCGGGGUCAGACUCCACUGCAUCUGGCAAUGGACAUUGGGCGCUCUGAUUUAGUCUCGUUGUUAUUCGAGCACGGAGCAGACCCUUUCAUUGAGGACGACCAGGGCUCUUCUCCAUUCAGCAUGUCACUUGCUUGGGAGAAUCCUAGUAUCUUCAACUUAUUCCAGCUCCUUGAGAACUUCGCAGUGGAAAAGGUGCAUGUCAAUGCCUUAAUUUUCGCCGCUGCCAAGGGUGAGCCAAAGGUCUUCCGGCAAUACUUGGACAGAUUACCCGACCCAAGCCGCAAUCUAGACCGUGUAUCUUUGCCCGAGCUCUAUGUCACUGCCAUCAAUGUGGCUGCAGGAGCUUGCAGAGUGGAUUUAGUUGAAAUUUUGCUCGCACGAGGCUUUAAUGUUAACACUCUCGAUGAGAGAAAGAACACCCCUUUACUACGAGCUUGCCAAGCUGGACGCAGGGAAGCCGAAUUCUAUUCGUACAAUCGAACACACAUGUGUGAGAAGCUUAUACAGCAUGGUGCAAAUAUAUUGGCCCGGAACAAUCGGGGGUUCACGCCUUUCCUCAUCGCCCAAACUCAUGCCGACUAUCAACUGAUGACUCUUCUUUUGGAGCGCGCACUAUCACUGCGUCAAAUCGAUGUAUCGACCAGGCGUUCACGUAUUUUAGAAUCGAUCGGAGAUCCUGAAAAGGAUAGAAACAUUUGCAAAUUAUCCAAAUCAAUCAUGCGUGACGAAAUCAUUGAACCGCGCUUGCUCUCCGACGCAGUCAAAAAUGAUGAGUGGGAGUUUGUCAUGACCUGUAUUGCAGGACAUUUUGUCGAUAAAAAAGACCUGGAAGGCAUUUUUAAGAAACGAGAAUGGACGAAGCCCAGUGUGGAUAAUCUGGACAUGCUGCGCUACCACUCAGUCAAAAUGGACCGAGAAAUGGUUCAGUAUCUCGCAUCGGGUGCCAAGGAGAGUUCUUCUGAAUCCCGGCGUAGUGCUCGCAAUGUCGGUCGUCGCAAUGUCGAGUUCGAAUCGAACGAGUCAAGAGCUUUCCUGAACGACCUUAUUUGGCCGGAGGAGAUGGAUAAGGCGCGACAGAAAUUACUGGUCAAAUCUAGCUUUGAUUAUAUUCAUACUCAUGAUGCAUUGGCAGACCUUCAACAGAAACAGGAUGCCUUUUAUGAUAAGCUCCAGGAAUACCUCACGCAAAUUAUUCUCAAAUCAAAGGAGCCUGUGAAACAUCCCGAGGACAUCGCAUGGUUCAAAAGCUUUGAACGAGGCCUUUUCUUGGAAGAUCAAUAUGCCUUUGAUUAUCGACUGAGAACUCUUUCAUUGCAUACGAAGUCCAUGGAAGAGUCUGAGUCGGCGCCGGAAAAAGCAGCACCUUGGAUGGAGCUCCAUAAUCAGGCACAGUCGCUUCAACGAUGGAAAAAACUGAUCGAUGCGACACAUCGAGAGGCUAGGAAAAUUGUACAAUGGUUCUAUAUUCUUGCUGACAUCGACUAUGGAAAUGAUGGAGUGGUCAAUGGCGGAAGCGACGGGGCCCAUCGUACUGCGACUGGGCCUGCUCAAAUGGAUUCCAUUCUUGACAUGGAGUCUCAAAUUCAGCGAUCUUCCGAUGAACUGGCGGAGAUGCACUCAAUAGUCGUUCUAUUCAAGACCCAGAACAAUUUUGUAUGA